AUGUCGGCUAUGAAAGAGCGAGACCCGAUCCGCAAGGACGACAGUUGGAGGACGUUUGACGAGAUCAUGGAGAUGGCAAAGAAGGAAGAUGUCGACAUGGUCCUCCUGGGAGGCGACCUCUUCCACGACAAUAAACCGUCUCGAAAGUCCAUGUACCAGGUCAUGCGCACCCUCCGAAGAAACUGUCUCGGCAUGAAGCCUUGCGAGCUCGAAUUCCUGAGUGACGCAAACGAAGUCUUUGAAGGCGCGUUCCCCCACGUCAACUACGAAGACCCCGACAUCAACAUAUCCAUCCCCGUCUUCUCGAUCCACGGCAACCACGACGACCCCAGCGGCGACGGCCACUUCUGCUCUCUCGACCUCUUGCAGGUCGCCGGCCUAGUCAACUAUUUCGGACGCAUCGCCGAGGCCGACAACAUCGAGGCGAAGCCGGUGCUGUUGCAAAAGGGGCAGACGAAACUGGCUCUCUACGGCCUCAGCAACGUCCGCGACGAGCGCAUGUUCAGGACCUUUCGCGAUCACAAGGUCAAGUGGUUCCGACCUAAUGUUCAACAGACUGACUGGUUCAACCUCUUGACCGUCCACCAGAACCAUCACGCCCACACCGCCACAUCCUACCUGCCCGAGAAUGUACUGCCUGACUUUAUGGACCUGGUCGUCUGGGGCCACGAGCACGAAUGCCUCAUCGACCCCUCACAGAAUCCCGAAACGGGGUUCCACGUCAUGCAACCAGGCUCUUCCGUGGCCACCUCCCUGGUCGCUGGAGAGGCUGUGCCCAAGCACGUUGCUGUCGUCAGCAUCACGGGCAAGGACUUCAAGAUCAAAAAACUGCCUCUGAAGACGGUCCGCCCUUUUGUCACCAAGGACAUUGUCUUGGCCACGGACAAGAGAUUCAAGGGCGUGGACAAGAUGAAGGACAAUCGCCAAGAGCUGACAAAGCGGCUGAUGAAGGUCGUGGACGAGAUGAUCGAGCAGGCCAACGCCGACUGGCUCGCCAUUCAGGACGAGGGGGAGGAUGCGGAGGAAGCUCCGCCGCUUCCACUGAUUCGCCUCAAAGUCGAGUACACAGCACCCGAAGGCGGCCAGUACGACUGCGAGAACCCGCAGCGCUUCUCCAACCGCUUUGUCGGCAAGGUGGCCAAUACCAACGACGUCGUCUACUUCCAUCGCAAAAAGACGACGGCAUCGCGAGGCAAACAGACGGCCGAACUGCCAGAAGGCAUCGAUGAGAAUUUGGGCCUCGAUACGGUCAAGGUGGAAGCGCUCGUGCAGGAGUUCCUCGCUGCACAGUCGCUCAAGAUUCUUCCUCAGGCGCCCUUUGCGAUGCAGUGA